AUGGCUGACUCCCCAGUCCCAUCGCCAUCUCAGUCGCCACCAAUCCCAGACUCGCCAACCGCCUCACAGCAGCUGCAGCUCCCGCUCUCCGCCUCGCUAGUUUUGACAAACCUCCCCCAAGACGCUCACGCGGCCCUCGCACAAGCUAGUGAGAACCCGCUUGGUGUGCCUACUAAAGUUACAAUACGUUUCACACCCAUAGGCUCAGCCCCACAGCUCCGGCAGAAAGUCUUCAAGGUCUCGUCGUCAAAUAGAUUCGAGACCGUUGUGGCCUUUCUCACCAAAAAGCUUGCCGCCACCACGGCCGCCGCUGUUAGUCAAGGGGAGAAAGAAGGGGGUGGGGGAGGUAGUAGGGAGGUGCCGCAUGUGUUUUGUUAUGUCAACUCGGUCUUUGCGCCGGCGUUGGACGAAGGAGUUGGGGGGUUGUGGAAGGUAGUCAAUGGUGACGAGUCCAUUGUGCAUAACCUCAUUCCGAAAUAG